UUUUGGCAAAGGGUCGUUUUUAGUAAUUAAGAUGGCGCUCUCAUUGAAGGAACUAGCAUCUCUUCUAAGUGUACUCUCAGAAGAUGCAACACAAACACAGACUUUUGAAGGACUGGCCUCCAGCUUCCAUCAUUACUUCUCAAACAAACAGGAUCACUUCAAAGUUGGAUCUGCAUUGGUACUUCUGCUACAGAACCGGGACCUGCUACCACACCCCACUCAGAAACUGGCUGCCAUUUACCUCAUCUAUGAGAUGUACAGAACAGAGCCCAUUGCAGCUAAUCCAUUCGCAUCUGUAUUUGUUCACCUACUGAAUCCACCUACUGAAAAGCAAGAAGCAGGUCAAUAUGAUCUUCACUGGGCCAUUCCAGCUAUAUCCCCCCCAGAGCGCUACUUUCUCUCACAGCUGAUCUCCAGCCCAUCGAAGGAGAUGUUCAAAAAAUCCCCAAGUCAGAUUAUACACAUGGAUGUAGGCAGUAUGCAGUCAUUUGAUGUGAGUGGCCUACAACUAGCUUUAGCAGAACGCCAGUCUGAGAUGCCUUAUACCAGUAAGGCUGCCAUGCCCUGUGUAGUGCCGGAUCCAGAUACUAAACCCACAAGUUUUGAUCAGUUUGGCAAACCAGGAGUGAUCAAUCCUGACGUACAGAGACAGACUAUAGAAGCACUGCUCACAGGAAACCGCCCGUCUGUAGACAACUGUAUGACACCAGAGUUUGUGAGACUUGCACCACCACUUCACAUUACAGAAGAUGAGUUGGUCUGGAUGAACCCUGUGGAGUAUGAAUACAAGGUUUCCUGGGACACCAGUAUGUGUGUCAGCAGCUCAGCUGGGGCAGAAGUUCGCAGACUAAUGGCAAAAGCUUUCAAAGGUUCUCUGACCCCUGCACAUCAGCAACAGAUUUUGGUGGAGCUGGACAGAGACUCCAAGCUGGUCUACCAUAUAGGACUCACCCCUGGAAAGCUGCCAGAUCUAGUUGAAAACAAUCCCCUAGUUGCCAUUGAAGCUUUGCUGAAGUUGAUGCCUUCUAACCAAAUAACAGAGUAUUUUUCAGUGCUUGUGAAUAUGGAGAUGUCACUUCACUCCAUGGAGGUUGUCAACAGGCUAACAACACAUGUAGAUCUGCCGCCUGAAUUCAUCCAUCUGUAUAUCUCGAACUGUAUAUCAACCUGUGAAACCAUCAAAGAUCGCUACAUGCAGAACAGAUUGGUCCGCUUGGUGUGCGUGUUCCUCCAGUCUCUCAUCCGCAACAAGACAAUUGAUGUCAGAGACAUCUUCAUUGAAGUACAGGCAUUCUGUAUUGAAUUCAGUCGCAUCCGAGAAGCAGCUGCCCUAUUCCGAUUACUGAAGUCCCUGGACACAGCAGAGCCUCAGCCUCCACCUCCGCCUGCUUCCCGUUGAAAGUCACAGCCCCUUGGCACUCACUCACUAAUAAAGUGCAUCCACACACAA